AUGGCGUCGCGGAAGACCCAACAAGAGAUCGACAAGACCUUCAAGAAGGUUGACGAAGGCAUCCAGGCCUUUGAGGCCAUCUACGAGAAGAUCUACUCUUCACAGAAUGCCGCGCAGAAGGACAAGUUGGAGGACAACCUCAAGAAAGAGAUCAAAAAGCUACAACGGUCCCGAGACCAGAUAAAGACUUGGGCAGCGGGCAAUGAGAUCAAAGAUAAGAGUGCAUUACUCGAACAGCGGAAGCGGAUAGAGAAAUGUAUGGAAAUCUUCAAAGCGGUGGAGAAGGAGAUGAAGACGAAGGCUUUCUCCAAAGAAGGGCUGUCUCAGAACAUCAAGCAAGACCCGAAGGAGAAGGAACGAGAGGAACUCUGCGACUUCUUAUCAGAGCAGCUGGAUGAAAUCAACCGGAUACUGACCGAAGAGCUGGAGCCGGAAGCGAAUACUCUGCAGUCAGCCCUCAAGAAGAAGCAGAAGGACAACACCAAGGCCACUCGGCUAGCGGAGAUCGAGACGAUGACUGAAACAUACAAAUGGCACGAAUCUCGGCUCCAACUACUCCUGCGAUCUUUGCAGAAUGGCAAUGUUGAAAACGAUUCCGUGGCUGCCAUCAAGAGUGAGAUUGAAGAAGUUGUCAAAGAAGGCAAGGAUCCGGACUUUGACGCCGAUGCGUACGAAGGCAUCUAUGAUGAUCUCAAUCUCGAUGGCGAAGAAGCACAAUUCGGCCUGGCCAACGAGAUGGAUCGCAUCUCGUCGCAAGAUGCACAGUCUGUCCAGGAGGAGGCUGAACCAGAAUCAGCCCCUGCCCCGGUCAAGAAGACGAAAGUCGAACACCCUCCCGCCCGAAGACCAUCUACCCAACUCAGGUCACCUCUGCCAGCACUUGCAACUCUGAAUACCAUGCCGCCCCCACCCUCAAUCCCCAAAGACACGACGAUGAAGCCUGCACCGAUUCCCAAUCGGCCUCCUGGCGAGACCCUGAAAUAUGCCUCAGCAGCCGCCGCCGCCGCGGCCAGCGACAAGACCGGCGUCGGUAUUGCUCCCCUCCCUCCUCCGGUCGGCACAAACUCAGUCACUGCAUCCCAUGGCUUGCCCGCUCCUGCUAAAGCAUCCAGCACGAGUUCUCCGGUCCCUGUAUCGGCGCAACCCAUUGAAAAGACAGCCUCACCUGCACCUGCUUCGGUAACCACGGACGGCCCCACGCCGCCUGAACAAUCGAAUCACUCCAAAUCUCCUACACUAAGUUCGACCAGUGGUGCUCCAGCUCAAAGUGUGCCUAGUAGCAUUCCACCGACUCCCGCAAUGGAUAAAUCCGAGGCAGUCCGAAUACCCGUGAUAGCGGACGAAUUGCCAACGACAAACGGUGAUGCACGUGACGACCCUUCGGGAGUGGAGUCAAUCUAUCAUCUGCCCCCGGGUCUACAAGACCUCCUCGACUCGUUCGAAACGACCAAGAGUCGAGCUGCUCAGCCACCCUCACAGUUGGCUAGAUUGCUGCAGGCUUCACAGGAGACCUGUCCCGAACCAUCGGACAGCGACCGGCCUCAACAUUGCCGCCCGACCUUCAAAUACAACACCCCCGCUCACUACCCCCAGGACGUCCUGCCGAUAUUCGACGAUCCAGCCCUGUACGACAACCAGAGACUGGAAACCGACACCUUGUUUUACAUCUUUUACUACCGGCAAAAUACCUACCAGCAGUGGCUGGCGGCGCGCGCCUUGAAGAAUCAAAGUUGGCGGUUCCACAAGCAAUACCAGACAUGGUUUCAACGGCACGAAGAGCCCAAGCAAAUUACAGAGGAGUACGAACAAGGGACGUAUCGUUUCUUCGAUUACGAGAGUACUUGGAUGAAUCGGCGAAAGGCGGACUUCAAGUUUCUGUACAAAUUCCUCGAAGACGACCUGUAG